GGAACCGAUUCAACAAAGGCGGAUGUAGGGUGACGGUGGGGGGGGGAAGAAACCGGUGGGGGGGGGCAGGGCCUGCUCUGGAAAAGGUCGUAGUCGAGCUUAGGGGGCUUUUCUGUGGGCCUGCUUGCGUUUUCCAGAAGACAGACAUGGAAUGGGAAAUGUGGUUGCUUCGCCACACUGGGAAAGGCGUCCCCCUCCCCCGAUCUCCCCGGCCGCCGCCACCCCGCCCUCCAUGUGUCUCCUUCUGCAUUCUGGUAAAACAGAGGAAUUGUGUUGGCUUCAGAAUGCAAAAGCGUUGGGCCACAGAGACAAUAUAACAAAAGGGGAAAGAGUUCUUCUGAACAAUGGCGGAGAAAUGGGGGAGAAAGUGUGGAAGGGAGCAACGAAGCAGCAGGCACGGGAGGGAGGUUUCUGCUCAGAGAAAGGCGGCCAGGAAGGAGAAAGAGAGGGAGAGGAUAGGGGCCCAAAUGAAAUGACCAACUUUUCAUAGGGAACAAGGCUUCCUUUAGAUCAGGAUUUAUACCCUGUUUUCAAAGCCGGCAUGCACCAACAUAGUUUUACAUCUAAAGCUGUUAGGGAAAUAUUAAAUCCCUACAUGAACGUUCUUUUGUUUUACAAAACGCCUCCUCGUGAAUCCACUCCUCGGGCCACGAGUUGGCCACUCAUAUCGAUGCGAUCUACUCCCAGACCGUCGUGCCUGGGCAAUACGUGACUGUGCGUGCAAUGAGUAGAAUGGCAAUCAAUGGGGCUACUCGUAAAGGGAACCCUGUAGCCUUCCUUCCUUCCUUCCAGUAAAUUGAAGAAUAUAUAAAUAUUACUCUUAAACACACACACACACACACACACACACACACACACAGAGAGAGAGAGAGAGAGAGAGAGAGAGAGAGGAAGAGAAUGAGAGAAUCCGAGGUGUGACUACAGGGCCAAACGGAAGUGUUUUUAAAAGUCCCACUCAGAGCGAGUUUAGCUCUACCAAAUGAAAGCCAGGAAGUACGCAUGAGACUUUCAAAGUCUCACAGCCAGAUUCGGGGCAUGUUUGUCUUAGUAAACAAUGCAUACUUAUCAAUAUUUUGAGUGGGCCUCGGUUUUGAGAGAGGGAGCAGGAAGAAAGGGGAAGCUGGAGAACAGCCUAAUCCAGAUCAGCAGCAUUUUAGGAAUGAAAAUAGUAUUAUAGUUUCAGAGGGACUAGGGUGGUACGGAAUCAUACAUGGUGUGUGGGUGUGUGUAUGUGUAGAUAACAUAGAAGCAACAGCCAUUAACACACUAAUACUAAAUAUUGGGCUGAUUUCGACAUUUGCAAGAUGAAAGCAUAAGAAGUGCACAUAGUUAUUUCCGGACUCCGGCAGGCAAAAUUUGCCUUCUUUUAGUCAGGCCUGUUUUCCUUCCUGCAUUGCAGGGGGUUGGACUAGAUGACCCUUGGGGUCCCUUCCAAAUCUACCAUUCUAUUAUUUUAUGCUGAAUUCUGUGCUGUUGAGUCCUUCCUGCUCACCUCUCCUUUUUGUGCAGAUGAAGCCCCCGUGGGACCCACCACCUCCCCACCUCCAACCCAGGGGCUUUCCUCCAGGUUUAAGCUGACCCUGCCUUUCCUCUGGGGCAGGUCUAGCCCCACCGAAAGCCAGGCGUCUCUCCUGGCGCCACGGACUUGAGCGGAAUCAGGGAUUUACAUCUGCGAGAAGAAAUCACUUGCGGUCCUCGCGAGGGAAUCCAGAAAGGCCUCUCCCAACGCCCGGCCAUUUGUUUCCCUCGGCUCCCUCUUUCCCUCCUCGGAAGGAGGGCGGCAGCUUAGUGAUCAAGCGCCUGGAGGAGCGCUGUCGACCCCCUCGCCCCUUCCUCCAGACAGUCUCCUCCCCCUAACCGCUGGCCAUGCCAUCCAGAGGGCUGCUAUUUUAAAAACUCGCAUCUUUCUAGACCUCAUGGUUUCAACCCGUGGACACUCCUUGCGGGUGGGGGGAGGGAGGCAAAGGUUAUACGUGAGAAGCGGGGUGCGGGAGCAAAAGUGGAUGGGAGGUGAGAGAGAGGAGAGGCCUGACAGUUUGCACAGGCGCUCUGGCGGCUCAGCUGCCGGAGAGAACCUGAGAAAGCUUCCCUGGCAACCUUUGUAUAAGCGCUUCCUUCCUCUAACCGCGCCCAGCAGCGUCGGAUCGUCCGAAAAAAACAGCAACCCAGUACCCAGUCGCCAGGCAGGCACACUACCGCCUCCGUUUCAGCCCAGGCUGCCGGCUCCAACUGCCCCCCACUGACUCCCCGUCUCCAGGAGCCAACGGCGCCAUUCCCGUGCGUUAAAGCCAACCACGCUGCCCGCAGCAGCAGCAACAAUGGCGUUGCCUUGCAGAGAGCCUCAUUUCCAUGCAAAUAACCGCGAGAGAGAGGCUGGACCAAGCGCAUUUUAACUCUUGCCGGUUCGCGCGCGCACGCCGGGGUCUGUCUGAGGACGCAUCGGCAACUGGCAGAGCUCAGCCGCCGGCCUCCUACCUCUCUCCAUGCCCCCAAACCUCCCCCAGCCCCCUUGAUCUCUCUCUCUCUUUCUCUCCACACCUCUCUCUCUCACACAGCAACCCCAGACUGCUGGAGACUGCCCAAGGCAGACCAUAAUGAUCCAAGCGAUCUAACUGUAGCCGAGAGGGUUCAGCCUAGCUGUGCUCUCUCGACAACAGCCCUGGAGAAAGCAGCAGCAGGAGCAGCUACCCAACUGGGGACGCCCUGCGCGGGUCCCUUUGCUUACCUGCCAAGCCCAGGCUGUCCCUUCGUAAAUCCAUGCAAGAGCAGCCCCCUCCGGCGGCGGCUCUGUGCUUGCUGCUGCUGCUUCAGGCUGAGCGCCUGGGCGCGCACUGCCUCUCCGGCCCGGCUCUCAAACCCCAACGCGCUGACUGGGGACGGGGGAGGAGAUGGGGGGUGUGGAGAGAGAGAAGGAAAGAGGGAGAGAGGGAGGGAGAGAGGGAGGUGGUGGUGGCUGCGCGUCACCUUGAUGGAGGAGCGCUCGGAAUUUAAAUGCCACAGCCAGGGUGAUCCAUCACCAGGAAGGAGCAGGGCAACUUUGGCAGGAGGAGCAGCCAUUGGCUGCCGCCCUCACGUGGCCGCCGUCUCACUGUACAUUCAUAUCAUUUUUCUUCUGGCCCCCAUGGAGGAAGUGAGAAAGUUGGCACGGUCACCCAGGACUCCGAAGAGCCGGUCAACCGGUGAUAGAUGGACACGGCGAGGAUGAAUUCCUUCCUUGAUUAUCCGCCCAUCCUCAACGGCGAGUCCGCCACUUGCUCACCCCGGGCUUACCACCACCACCGCCACCACCACCACCACCCCGACCAUGGGAUUACCACAACCACGUUCCAGUCCUGCGCUGUCAGUGCCAACAACUGCAACGGGGACGACCGCUUCCUCGUGGGCAGGGGGGUCCAGAUCAGCCCCCAUCCCCACCACCAGACUGCUACCUACCAGCACCACCCCAACCUGGGGAUGUCCUACGCCCACCCGAGCUGUGGGCCCACCUACGGCGUGCAGAACUUCGGCGCGGGGGGCUACAGCCACUACCCACUCGCUCAAGAGGCAGAGAUUAAUGGGGGCUUCCCCCAGUGCGCUCCUGCGCUCUACUCUGGAAACGUCUCGUCGUCCGUGGUUCAGCAGCCCCAGGUUUAUGCUGGGGGCCCCGUGGGCUCUGCUCAGUACAUCCACCCCUCUUAUGGCGACGAGCAACAGAGCCUAACCCUAACCAAUUACAGCCACCCCCUGUCUCCACUUCAUUCGAAUCACCAGGAAGGCUGCGGUUCCCCUUCGUCGGAGACUUCUCCUCCCGCCCAGACUUUCGACUGGAUGAAAGUGAAGAGGAACCCUCCCAAAACAGGUGAGUCACCUGCCUGAGCGAUCACUCUGGACUUCGGGAAGUUCGGGCCCGAAGUUUUCUUCUUUUUAUUAUUAUUUUUGUAAGGUGGACGCGGAAGAUCUGCAUUUAAGGUAGAUGCAGGUCAACUUGAUGGUCCCAGGUACGAUGGGAACAGGUAUGGCUGGGAUCCUGAAGCGUACCGGUUCUCCAGAGGUGGGGGGAAGGUCGUGUUGUGAUUUGGGGUUCGUAUUAUAAUGCUCAGUUUGAUGUGUUUGUGUCCCCGCUGUGGAUCACAAAGCAGUCGGUGGUCAGAUCUCCCCUGAUCUAGGUGAGUUCAGUUGCUGUUUCACUGGACAGGCGGACACUAAGAAGUUAGCCCAUGUGCAUUCGCUAGGUCUUUACUUAGGAAUAAGCAGGUUUCCGAUUGGCCCACAAAGUUCCUUUCACUUAAAGAGCUCAUUCUCUAUGGUUUGUACCUGCGCGCGCCUGCCUAUUGAUUCAUGUCACCUAUAAAUCAUUGCUACGAGUUAACGCUUCUGAUGUGGGUUGUUGUUGCUGUUUUCUUCCUUCCUUCCUUCCUUCCUUCCUUCCUUCCUUCCUUCCUUCCUUUCUCUCUCUCUCUCCCCCUCUUCUCUCUCUUUCCUUUCUCCCUCUAGGGAAAGCUGGCGAGUACGGUUAUGUUGGCCAGCCCAACACGGUCCGGACCAACUUCACCACCAAACAGCUGACGGAGCUGGAGAAGGAAUUCCACUUCAACAAAUACUUAACCCGGGCCCGCAGGGUGGAGAUCGCCGCCUCGCUGCAGCUGAACGAGACUCAGGUCAAGAUCUGGUUCCAGAACCGCAGGAUGAAGCAGAAGAAGCGAGAGAAAGAGGGCUUGCUCCCCAUUUCUCCGGCUACCCCAACAGGAAGCGAAGAGAAAGCGGAGGAGUCCUCGGAAAAGUCCAGCCCAUCCCCCUGUACCCCUUCGCCAGCCUCCUCUACCUCAGACACUCUGACUACCUCGAAUUGAAAGACAUGCUGCUCCUCAUUCUCCCUCUAAGGCACAAUCUAAGAGUAAAUUUAUUGUGUUUCGAACUUAUCCCCUUGUUUAUUUUCCGACUCUCACGCAAUUGGCGGAGAGAGCAACCCAAACUCUCACCCUGAACCCUUUGAUCUGGAGACAAGUCUCAUUGAUUUGAAUGGAACUCUCUCACAAAUUUAGCAACUUUGAGGCUGAGAUCCUAUAAGGCCUGCAAGCAAGCUCUCUGGAAGCCAACACGCCUGAGUAGGCAGGCCACAGGACUGCGCUGUUAAAUCAUCCCUAAAUCCCAUGAAAAGGAGCGGGAUGGGACUUUGUGACUAUUUUAAACUCAGUUGAUUUCAAUGGGAGCUGGCUCACGUUGUCUGGGUUGUGGCCCAGGAGUUUAGGACCUCACUCUGAGUAGCUUAUUCAGUAUCACUCACUAAGCCUGCCUCAGCUCCUCAGAGUUGAUCUGUUUUCAUCUCUCUAAAGACUGUAUUGUGGGAACAAUCAAGAGAAUUUGUUAGAUCAGAAUCGAAUUGCCAAAGAUAUUGCUACUGUUUUCUCCUCCAACCAAAGACCUGUCAGACCCAAAUUCACGAAUAGAUGCACUAUUGAAAGCGUUUACACGACUUCGAGAACUUUCACCACUUUAAUUUAAUGUCUCUUGUCUUCUCGUGUGUAUGAGUUUUGUUGGUUGUAAAUACUUUGUCCCAGAGAUUUAUCUUUUUACGGAUUUUCUAGAAAUGUUUAGAUAAGAUGAUGAGCUUAAACAGGGUGGUUACAUUCUCAACACUGGAUUCGAUUUUAUAGCGAAAAGUGAGGAUGUCACGAACGAAAAGUUGUUCAACUCAAUCAGAUACCUCAAAAAUCAUAGGUUGCUACUAUUUCUUUGAACGAGCUAGAAAAGAAAGUGGAAAUUGCACUAGGUUUUUAAAAAAUAAACCUUGCUUAUUAGUGUCUACCCCCGCUUUAAAUCCCCCCCCUUUCCCGAACUCUGUGCUGGAUCAUUCCCAACCCCCAAUAUUAUCAUUAAAAAGGGAGAGGGGAGAUCCCCCCCACCCCCAGGAAACGUUCCUUAGACUUGAAGUCUUUUCAGCCCAAUUCCUGAAUGUGAUGAAUGGCCAAACGAAUGUAUAUUUUAUGUGAUUCGUGGACGGAACUUGCAUGAUGCACAACCGCUUGGAUGUACUCAGUGAAAAUAACACUGAGUUCUAUCAGUUGUCAUUUGUGAUGGAGUACUUUCUGAUUUUUUUCUGUACAAUCAUCCAAGGUUCUGAGAUUCUGUGUUUAAAAAGGAAAAAAAAAAGAGAAAGGAAUCCAGAGCAGAAUUUUACGGGUCCU